CAAGCAACCGUGUCCUUUCCAUCCAGGAUUGAGAAACCUAUCAAAGGCCCGUCCACACCCCGAAGUGCAGACACUUCGCCCCAUCAAAUUCACGCCCAACUUCGGACGAUCAAAAAGAACACCGUACCCUUAGCGCUAGGCUUAGCCGAGAGGACAGAUUUCGCUACUGGCCCACUAGAGCUGUGAUAAAGCUGGGGGACCUCAAAAUUCUUGACUUUCUUUCCCUCCAGACACUGACACUUCGCAACACCACCCCACCCCCAUUUCCUUACAUUUUCUCACACCUUGAACACUGCCUAGGUCAACGUUCAUCAUGGCGAGAGGCAAUCAGACCUCGUUUUUUCUGGGGUUGUCCUUUGUGGCAUACUUCCUUUUACUACUCUCUCCCCUCGCUUUCUUCUCCACAGUCAAUGCCUCUGAGGCCCAGGACCCAAUACAGGAGAGCUAUGGCACAGGUAAGCAUGCGCUUUGGCAUUGUCCAUGGCAUUGGCAGAUUUCAGGCAGCUACAGCUUCUAACAUAUCUACCAAACAGUUAUCGGUAUCGAUUUAGGAACCACCUACUCUUGUGUGGGUGUGAUGCAAAAUGGCAAGGUCGAAAUUCUGGUGAACGACCAGGGACACAGAAUUACCCCAUCAUACGUCGCAUUUACCGACGAGGAAAGACUAGUUGGAGACGCCGCAAAGAACCAGGCCGCUGGAAACCCAAAGAACACCAUCUUUGAUGUCAAGUAAGUCUUGCAUACCGCCCCUCCAAUUAUGCCUUGGCAGUAAUGCUAACAGGUGUCCUCUAGGCGUAUGAUCGGUCGUAAAUUCUCGGAUAAGGAUGUUCAAGGUGACAUGAAGCAUUUCCCAUUCGACGUGGUUGAGAAGGAUGGCAAGCCAAACGUCAAGGUCACCGUCAAUGGCAAGCCAAAGACCUUCACCCCAGAAGAGAUUUCCGCCAUGAUUCUUGGAAAGAUGAAGGAAGUCGCUGAGGGUUUCCUUUCUCGAAAGGUCACCCACGCAGUUGUUACUGUUCCAGCCUACUUCAACGACAACCAGAGACAAGCAACCAAGGAUGCUGGUAUCAUUGCCGGUUUGAACGUCCUCCGUAUCGUCAACGAACCUACCGCCGCAGCUAUCGCAUACGGUCUUGACAAGGUUGGCAAAGAGAGACAAAUCAUUGUCUACGAUCUCGGUGGAGGAACCUUCGAUGUGUCCCUUCUCUCUAUUGAAGAUGGUGUUUUUGAGGUUCUUUCUACCGCUGGUGACACCCAUUUGGGUGGUGAGGAUUUCGAUCAACGUAUCAUCAACUACUUCGCCAAGAAAUACAACAAGGAGAACUCCGUCGAUAUCACCAAGGACCUCAAGACCAUGGGUAAACUGAAGCGUGAGGCUGAGAAGGCUAAGCGUACUCUUUCUUCCCAAAAGACUACCCGCAUUGAAAUCGAAGCUUUCCACAAUGGCAACGAUUUCUCCGAGACUCUUACACGAGCCAAGUUCGAGGAAUUGAACAUGGACUUAUUCAAGAAGACAUUGAAGCCUGUCGAGCAGGUUCUCAAGGAUGCCAAGGUUAAGAAGGCUGAAGUCGAUGACAUCGUUUUGGUUGGUGGUUCUACCCGUAUUCCAAAGGUCGUCGAGAUGAUCGAAGAGUACUUCAGUGGAAAGAAGGCCUCCAAGGGUAUUAACCCUGAUGAGGCUGUUGCUUUCGGUGCCGCUGUUCAAGGUGGUGUUCUUUCCGGUGAGGAGGGUACAUCAGGUAUUGUUCUUAUGGACGUCAACCCAUUGACUCUUGGUAUUGAGACCACUGGAGGUGUAAUGACUAAGUUGAUCCCAAGAAACACUGUCAUCCCAACCCGCAAAGCCCAGAUUUUCUCCACCGCUGCCGACAACCAGCCAGUUGUCUUGAUCCAGGUCUUUGAGGGAGAGAGAACCAUGACAAAAGACAACAACCAGCUCGGAAAAUUCGAGCUUACUGGUAUCCCACCUGCGCCACGAGGAGUUCCUCAAAUUGAGGUCUCUUUUGAGCUUGACGCCAACGGAAUCUUGAAGGUCACCGCCGGAGACAAGGGUACCGGAAAGAGCGAGUCUAUCACCAUCACCAACGAUAAGGGACGUCUUACUCAAGAGGAGAUUGACCGUAUGGUUGAGGAGGCCGAGAAAUACGCCGAUGAGGACAAAGCCACCAAGGAGCGCAUUGAGGCCCGUAACGGACUCGAGAACUACGCCUUCUCUCUCAAGAACCAAGUCAACGACGAGGAGGGUCUUGGAGGAAAGAUUGAUGAGGAAGAUAAGGAGACUGUAAGUUUACUUCGUUGCAUUAUUCAUUUUGGCGCAAUUACUAACAACCCUCACAGCUCACCGACGCAAUCAAGGAGGCUACCGAAUGGCUUGACGAAAACGCUGCCACCGCCACCGCGGAGGACUUUGAGGAACAGAAGGAGAAGUUAUCGAACGUCGCAUACCCAAUCACCAGCAAACUUUACCAAGGAGCUGGUGGACCAGGUGGUGAGGAAGACUCUGAUAUCCACGAUGAGUUGUAGAGGCGUUAUCCCAUAUAGACUUCGUGUAAUUUUGUUCGUCGCGCAAAUCGAAAAUCCAUUUUCAUCCGUUUUUGUGAGGGACAGGAAAUACCUUUUUUAUAGAAUCGUACGGUUGCUUGCUUUGGUCUCUGGAAUGGGCGUCUAUGCUUUUGAUGAAAGCAACAUGGUAUUUGCGAUUGCAUUUUGAUAAAGACGACUGGGGCUGGAGCAGAGAGGACGUGCGGUGAAGGCUUUUUUCGAGAUGAUCCCCGUGUAAAAUAAAAAGGCAUUAGGAGAGAAGAGAACGAGAACGAAGAUAAUUUUCAAUUUGAUA